AUGAAUAAAAUUUCUUGCACGACCAAUAACUCUCAGGAAUGUAAGGGAUGUCAUAGAGAUUCUUUCAAGUGCUGGUGCUGUAGCAAGUCAUAUGACGAAGAAUGUAGUUGUGUGAAAUUUAAAUCGCCUUGUGAUAGUUCUAAGUGUUCUUUCUGCCGUUCAUCUCCAAUACCAAUAAUUCUUUGGUGUCAUCCACGUUCGUGUUCUUCGGUAUUCCAACGAGCAUUCCUUCAACGAUCCCAAGAAUUUAAGUGUUUUCAAGAACCAUUUCGAAAUGAUGAUGCCUUGAAUAUGAGAUUUAAAAUAUAUUAUACACAAAAAGAAAAAGAUAAUGAAAAAGUUUCGAAAGAAGAAAAUAAUAAAGAAAAUAAGCCACUUAGGGUGUUUGUCAAAGAUAUGGCAAUUUUUAUUGAAGGCCAAUACGGACCCAAUUCAACUUUGUCUAAAUCGAUACUUUUAAAGGUCAGACAUUCAUUUCUUAUUAGAGAUCCAUCUAAAUCCAUAAAAUCCUUUUACCGAACUAUCUUUCAAAUACAUUUCCAACGAUAUGAAUCUCUCAAGGAAAAAGAAGAUGUUGAAAAAGCCAUCAAACUAGAUGAUUUAAGAUCUAUAGCAUCAUCGAUAGGCAUUAAAGAACUUGCUAAGUUUUUUGAUUAUGUUAAGGAAGAGUUUAAAGACCAGACACCAUUGGUGGUAGAUGCAGAUGAUCUUUGUAAGGAUCCAAAAGGUAUAUUGGGAAAAUAUUGUGAGUUGAUUGGAGAGGUGUUUGAUGAGAGUAUGAUCUCAUGGAAGCCGGGAAAGGUCGAAGAUUGGCAUUCAAUGGGUAUAUGGCAUAGUGACUUGGAGCAAAGCACCGGAUUCGAUAAAUUUUUGAGUGACAAAAUUUCCUAUACCAAAGAGUUCAAGUAUCCUCUUUUUGUUGAAGAAUUGAUUCAAGAAAAUAGAAAAUACUAUGAUUAUUUGUAUCAAGCCUUGAAUUUCUUGAAGCUUAGAUUUUAUAUAGUUUAUUAG